AUGGCGCAUCACUCUGGGCAACAUUUUCCGGCCAUAGAAUUGUGGGCAGCUGCCUAUGGGACCCAAAACCUCAUAUUUCAAAACCAUUUUCACACACUGCAGGCUCCCAAGCACCUCGGCGGACGGCGGUGCCUAUCAUACAGUACUCUUCUGUACUCGAUUACGCCAGUGCUCUCUCCAGGAAUCAAUUUUCUUGUGCCCCUCAAUUUAGAAGGAGGCGGAAGAGGUCAACGCGGUGACUCGCCUGCACCGAUACAAGGAGGAGGGCGUGGCAGAGGACGUGGAGCUCCACGUCCUUCUCCUAUGGCUUCGUCUGAGGCCGGCUCUAGCUCCUCUGUGAGCCAACUCCGUAACGAGAUGGAGCGGCUCGUUGUUCGAACUGAACCAGCUGCUUCUACUCGACCAGCGGCCGUUCCUGCACCGCAACAGCGUCAUCAGCAGCAACUCGUACCCGCUUCCUCUGCGAAGUUUGCCCAAAGACCUGGUUACGGUACGGAGGGGUCCAGGUGUCUCAUUAGAGCUAACCACUUUCUUGUUGAGCUCGCUGACCGUCACUUACAUCACUACGAUGUUUCUAUAACUCCUGAAGUCACAUCUCGAGGGGUCAACAGAGCAAUUAUGAGAGAGCUUCUUGCUGUGAAUGGCACUCACUUCGACAAUAGAAUACCUGCUUAUGACGGAAGAAAAGGAUUCUACACUGCUGGACCUCUACCAUUCACCUCGCAGGAUUUUGCGGUUACCCUUACAAAGAAAGAUGAUCAAGGAUCUGUGAGGUGA